AUGCACUUACCGUUAGUGAAACCCCGAUACAGAAACGGAUAUGAUAUCCUUUGUAAUCACGGUGUUUUUAAUUAUGACAUUUACUCCUCUCUUCUACCUAAAGAUACUGUUUACCUGGGUAUUGUUAGAGACCCUCUUGCAGUGUUUAUUUCAGCCGUUAACUAUUAUUCUCAGGAAUCGCAACAAAUUGAUUACAUUGCACAAAUAACAGGAAACAGGCUACAGGAACUUAUUCGAAGACCGGAAGUGUAUGACAGAGAAUUCUUCUCGUAUGCAAAAAACGUGAUGUCACGAGAUUUUGGGUUUCCGGAAACUAACAAUCGAAACCAUACAAUCGCGAAGCUGAAAGAAUUAGGUCUAAUAUUCAAACUUGUCCUACUUGUUGAACAUUUUGAAGAAUCACUUAUAUUAAUGAAACGGUACUUGAGCUGGAAGCUGAGGGACAUCUUGUUUCUAUCAAAUAAUGCUUAUGGAAAGGGGCAAACAGGAGAAGAUCUUACGUUAAAUGAUACAAAGAAAUUCAAAAUACGAAACCAGCUCGAUUACGCUUUAUACAUUUUUUUCUACAAAAAAUUCUUGGAUCAGUACAAUUCGGAACCAAAUGACAUUAACCUAGAAGUAAAGCAUUUUAAAAGUGUACUUUUUGAUCUCAAUACUUUUUGCAAUAAUAAAGCACAUGAAAACGAGAUCAGCGUGCUAACAGUGAAUGAAUCGAAAUGGACAGAACAGUUUACUCUGAUAUUUGAAGACUGUAAAUAUAUGAACAAGGAUGAGUUAGAGUUUAUAAAACUUUUACGCCAAAAACAAGGAAGUGAACUAUAUGACUAG